GGCCUGAUGAUGUCAGUGCGGGGCGGGGACUGAGGCUGUGGCUCGGCGGUAGCCGUGUUGUGCGGGCACUCGGCCAUUCUGGCGGAGUCCCGAUAGAAAAGUUCGGUGUCAAGGAGGAGGCGACGCCAAUUAUAUUAGGAGAGCCAAGUUAACAGCACAUGCCCUGUAAACGCGGAUUAGUCUUCACCCCUACCGCCCUGCCCUGGCACAGCUCUAGGCCAAGAGGCCCUGUUAGCGCCUGAGAGCGGGGUGAAGCGAAGGCUGAAGCGGCGGAACUUUAACCCCGGGCCGCAUCAGGAGCAGGCGCAAGGCCGGACUGACAGUGUGGCUCAUGUGCGGCCCGGAUCCCCUGUGUCAUCCGCAGCUACUCUCCAGUCCGUGAGCCGUUCGGCCCUACCUCCGCCCGAGCAACAGCCAUGAAACGGUACUUGCCGGUGGCACGGCAACACUUCUUGGCGGCGGCGGCCAGCACCAGCGUGGUGGUGAAGGCCCUGUGUGGCACGGUUCUGGCGUUGUACUGUCUCUCCUUCCUGACGAAUACGGUGCAUGGACUAGGAGUAACACCCGGCUACCUCUUCCCACCCAAUUUCUGGCUGUGGACGCUGCUGACGCACGCCGUGGUGGAGAGCCACAUCUGGGACGUGUGUGUCGGGCUGGGGGCUGUGGUGGUGGCCGGUAGGCUCCUCGAACCUCUCUGGGGAGCACUGGAACUCCUGGUCUUCUUCGCGGUCGUCAAUGUGUCAGUGGGAAUACUUGGAGGAUUUUCUUAUCUCCUGACCUACGUAGCGACUUUCAAUCUGGAUUACUUAUUUACCGUACGCAUUCAUGGUAUGUCGGGCUUUCUUGGCGGAGUCCUAGUGGCUUUGAAGCAGACCAUGGGAGACACAGUUGUACUCACUGUGCCACAGGUGCGGAUGAAAGAUGUUCCAAUGAUGGGUUUGCUCCUCGUUGCUAUUUUGCGUUUGACGACAUUGCUGAGUAGCUCUUUGUUAGCAUCCUACGGGUAUGGUGUACUGUCCAGUUGGGUUUACCUGCGCUUCUAUCAAAAACAUAGUCGCGGUCGAGGGGACAUGUCCGACCACUUCGCAUUCGCCACCUUCUUUCCUGAAAUCUUCCAGCCGCUUGUAUCGAUGGUGGCCAAUGUGAUUUACAGCGUACUGGUGAAGAUCAGGAUAUGUAAGAAGACAGUCAAACGAUACGAUGUUGGGGCACCGUCAUCUAUUACAAUAAGCCUUCCUGGUACUGACCCACAGGACGCAGAACGGAGAAGACAAUUGGCAUUGAAAGCUUUGAAUGAACGGCUGAAACGUGUUGAAGACCAAGUAGCAUGGCCCAGUAUGGAUGAAGAUGACAAAGAUGAUUUAUCUGAUAUGCCGUUGCUUCCAGAGACCAGCAGGAGUAAUGGAGAUGAUUCUGGGGCAGCCGAACACAAUGCAUUCCCAGGUCUUUCAUCAGGAUCUUAGAAGACCUUUAACAAAUGACUUGUCCAGUUGGAUGGAAGCGAAGGAGGGUUUAAUUCUGCACAGAUUUGCAUCAGUACUUUCAACUAUUUAUCUCCAGCACUUACGAUCUGUAUGGAAAAUAAAUUUGUCAGUAAAAAGACUAUAGUUGCCUGAGCAGCUGUGGUGUUCAUAGUCAAACUUCAGCAGGAUUGGAUGGUUUUUAACUCUUGCUGUUGGCUAUAACAAUUGGAGAUGGCAUUUGAACUGGUAAUGAAUUAGAUACAAUCUUUGCUGUUAGUUCUAAAAACUAAUUAAUUUACUGUUUUAUUUUGAAGUGUCCUUUUUUGAUUAGAAAGAACAGAUAUUUAAAUGAUAUAAAUGCAAUGUAGUGAAGAUGUUUAGUAGACAGAGCGGGAGCAGAGAGGGAAAGGAUGGGGAAAGGAGCUUGCUGUCAUUGAGAUUAAAAGGAACAGAGCAAAACCACAGCUUUGGUCCCAAGUUGACCUUUGGAUAAUGUGCCAAAAUGUGCAUCCCUUCAUUUAUGACAUCUUGCUAUCGAUGGGAAAUGGAAUUUUUAAUCUCUGGGGAACUGUUAUUGGAUUGGAGCUUGUCAUAUUCAUUGAAUUGGAUUCACCUUUUGAAAUUUUAUUUUCACUCUCUUCCUGGUAUCAUGUAUCUGCAAGAUUAGUAACAUUCCAAGUUCUAUUUGAUUGUAAUAGUAAAGAUAACACAGUUAGAUCAUGUUGAAUAGUUUGUUUCCCCCUUAUCAUCAUUUUAUUUGCAUAUUGAGUUUUCUUUUCUGCCAUCAUCCUGGCUCUUUUAAUGUUAAUGUUUCUCAGUAAAAAAUUGCUUCAAAUUGGUUGCAGAUUUUCUCUGGGGAGCAAAGGUGUGCCUCACCUUCAGCACCUCACUGUGGGAUAGGUUUGGAAGAUUGCCUAUUAAAAGGGCUAGGUAAUUAUUGUGCUGGUUCUGAAUUUAUAAGAAGGCACACCUAAUUUAUGAAGGCAAUAGUUAUAAGCAUACUGGGUUAGACUGACGAGUGUAUCAUAUUCUAAAUCCUCUGCAAUUGCAAAAGGGGUAGUGAAAGUUCAUGAAAACCAUAUAAGCCUCUGCCAUGGGUUUUUAAUAAUAUAAAAGUUCCGUAUUUUUUUUUCACAUGUAUAUAAAAAUAGUCUCUUAUUGAAAUGGGUCAGGAUUUUAUUCCCAAACUGAAGCUUUAACUAGGAGAGAGCUGAGAAACAAACAGUUGGACACAUUUCUACACGGCUUCUGAUAGAGCAAAAAUAGUGAGAUCUUUAUAAAAUGUGAUAAGAUCAGUAUAAAUUUUUUUUUUUUUUUUUUUUUUUUUUUGUAGAAUCCCAUUGCCAUAUGGGCUUGACAAAGCCACUUCAUUUCCAGUGCAGUACUUUCUAUAAAGUAAGAGUGCACUCUCAUAGUUUUGCAUCACUCUGUACCAAUCCCAUUCUAAUUUUGUUUACAUUUGAUCAUUUUGGAAAAUGGAGCUAGUAGGAAAUAGCUACAGGUUGAACACCAAUUUUCCAGCACCAUUGGUUCCGGAGACUUUCUGGAUUAGCUAUUUUUCUGGAUCCACAGAGGUCAUGUGAUAGUGAAAUGACAAUACACCCCUGGUCUGCUAAUGACAUCUCUCCCCUGUCUGUAAAGCAUCAUGGAAUGCCAGAAGCUGAAAUAAAAUAUAAAAUGUGAACCAAAUGCGAAUGGAAUGACCUGCUGACCCAUCCCCAGCUCCCACUGUCUCCCUGGCCGUUUAGAGCCCCAACAUCCAACUCCACUACCGACUGGCAAAGUGCACCAACGAGCCCGUAUGUUUUGGUAAUACGGCUGUUGUUGGGGCACAAGGUCUAGCCCCUGGGGACAGCGGUUUCUUUGGGUCUCCCCCGGAAUCACCAACAUACUCCACCUUGGAAGCGACAGCAGGUGAGGGUGAGGCAGACCCAUGGUGACUGAGUGCAUUCUGUCGGUGGGGCCAUAUGAAGAAAGCACUAUUCCCGGGAGCUAAAACAUGAGCCGCAAUAAUAGCCGCAUGAACUGGUGAAGAAGGGCUUGCUGGUGUGUUCCAGCGGCCCUAGUUUUAAAGUGAAAUGGCACAAAAUGCUGGAGUAACUCAGCCAACUGAAUCAGUCUGAGGAAGAGUCCUGAUGUCAUCUAUCCGUGUUCUCCAGAGAUCCUGACCUGCUGAAUUACUCCAGCACUUUGUGUCUUUCUGGUGGGUGAAGAAGGGCUCGGUGCACCUUGCAAGUCAGGAGUGUGGUCGGAAGCCGGGGCUCUAAAUGGUCGGAGAGAUGGUGUGAGCCUGGGAUGGGUCGGUAAGUCCAUCCAUUAUAUCCGACAUCUGUUAUAAGGGGGGGUCAUUAAAUGAGGGUUUACUGCAUUGUCUUUGCGAAACAGUUAGGAGAUAUGAUUGAGAGCAUAGUUGAUUCUUUCACAAUGGAGGGAAAUGACUGAAAAGAGCCCUCGCCACUCGCAAUGCCAUCUGUGGCUGCUCAGGGAAUUUUGUCCGAAUUAUAGGGGUGGACGGACCAUCGGUUACCAGAAAAUCGGUGUUCAACUUGUAUCAUUGUUAACACAUUUAAAUGUGUAAGAUACUUUAAUGUAAGAUUCUUAAAGGAUGAGUAUUAUCUCUCAUCUGUGAUUUAAUGUUUUAUUUUCAUAUUCUGUGGGCGAUUUGUCAUUGACUUAAUGUGUUUUUAAAUCUGCAUUUAUGGGGGAAAAACUGCUCAUUCCGACUGCAUUUCACAUAAUGACAAAUUGUAGGUUUCUUUUUAUUUAUCCACAUUUAUCAUUGCAGACCAGUCCAAUAAACUUUGCAGUCUUAUGUUCACUUUUCAUACCCCUCAAAAUGCUUUUCAGCCAUAUUGAUAAAUAUGCUUUUUUCUAUUUUUCUUUUGCGUGUUGCGCUUGCAAGUGAUAGCGUAGGAAAUGGUGUCGAUUGUUAUUGGACUAAUAAUCCAGAGAAUGCAAAUUCAAAUCCCACCAGUUUUGGAGUUUUGAUUCAGCUAUUGCUUUAUCUGAAGGAGAAAAGCUGCUUAUUGGUGAAAUAAUGAUAGUAAAUACUUUUAUCACUAAAA